UUACAUUUGCAGCCCUUUGACUCUAAUAUGGCUUGCUCUGCCUUCAGCUCCCAAGAACUACAACUUCGACCAAUUUGUUAAAUUUGGCCUGUUAAGUAGUUAUCAAGUGAUUGAUAAAGAAUCAAUGGAAGCACGGGUUGGUUCGGAUUCAUGAUGAAGGCAGUAAUUUAGUCGGUGGUUUAUUUUCUUUUGAGAUGGGAGAUUGGAGUGAAACGUUUGUUUUAGGCCCAUAUUAUGAGUUGUAUGAAAACUCUGUUGCUUACAAUGGUGCAUUGCAUUGGCUGGCUGAACCCUCUGCUAUUAUUGCUUAUGACUUUGAUGAUAAAGUUCGAUAUCGUUUGGUUUCUUGUCCUAUAACAAGGACAAUGGUUGAAUACCCUCUUUGUAGCCAAUGCCUUGGGGUUUGUUGUGGGGUUUUGAGGAUAUUGGAGUUGGCGGCUUUUCCAGAUUCUGAUGGUGAUUCUUUGACAUUAUGGGAGCUUGAGGAUUACCCAGAUGGAAAUUGGAAUGUCGAGUGUAGGAUUCGAUACAAAGAAUUGGUAGCUGCAGGAGAUCCUCGAGUUCAGAUAGAGGAAAGAGGUAAACAUCAAGGGCGUUUAAGGGCAUUAGGGAUUCACCCAACUGAUAGGGAUGUUGUGUUCUUGCAAACAUAUGAACAUGUCGUUUCGUGCAAUUUGGAAACAAGAGAGCUGAAAACCGAGGCUACAACUAACCACCUUGUGCAUAUGCCUGCUGCCUUUCCUGUUGAUCUCCAAUGGUGGCCAACGCCCAUUCCAACACUACCAUAAGGAGUUUAGCUUAUAUUGCUGAGGUGUGGAGUUCUUUCAAAGAAGCUUUAGUACAGACCAUGUCGUUGGGUUGAGAAUUUGGUGUUCAUCCCAGGUUAGGGUCAUAGAAUUCUCCUCUCCUGUUAUA